AUGGGUGCACGGGAUACUCCGCAUCUUUCGGUCUUCUCGACGGAGCUGACUGUUCAAAUACAAUUAAGCGAAGUCAUAAAGGGCACUCGCCGAGACGAAUCUGUACUUAAGGGAGAUUGUUGUGGCACGGAACACGGUCAACUAACUGUAUGGAUUGUGGUGAAUACCAAUGGCCGAGUCACAUUCUCUAAUCAAAGUGGAGAUAAAUCUGUAUGUCCGCUGGACAAUGGACUAAAGGUUGGAAGCCAGUGCAGUGCCUCUGGUUCAGGCUCUAUAACCUCCUCCUCCUCCUCCUCCUCCUCCUCCUCUUCAAGUUCAUUAUCUUCUGGCCAAGGAUUCAUAUCCUCCAUUUUGGGAUCACCGGCACCUUCACUAACACCCUCACCUCAUCAACGCUUCGUGGUACAGAGAUAA